UCGGGGCGCCAACGCGGGAAUAUCGAUAGAACAUCAGCUGGAACUACAACAAGCCACAUACAAACAUUCUAUUUCACAACUGGCAGCGAUUAGGCCCCCAGUUAUUCGUGUAUAAUUCCAACAUUCGGAACACCCUGAACAGCCAUGAAGUCAUUGAGUUAUAAAACAAGUUUCGCGGCUCUGCUGUUGCACUGUCUUCUGAGCUGCGUCUCGGCCUACAAUUAUCUGGUGGUACUCCACACGGCAGCCCGCUCCCACUACCACGUGGGAUCGGCCCUGGCCAAAGGUCUGGCCGCAGCAGGCCAUCAGGUGACCAUUGUCUCGCCCUUUGAACUGAAGAAACCCAUCAAGAACAUCAGGGAUGUGCCUGUGCCCAGUAUUCUGGCCGCCAUGCAGGGCAACAUAGCCAACCUAUUGACCAGCUCUAAGCAACCGAUUAUUAAGCAAAUUAUCAACUUCCAUCACAUGGGCCUGAACAUAACCGAGUUUUUGCUAAGCGAUCCUGUUGUGGUCGAACUGAUCAACUCGAAUCAGACCUACGACGCUGUCAUCUCUGAGGUCUUCCUCAACGAGGCCCACUUUGGACUGGCGGAGCACUUCAAUGCCCCGCUGAUAGGAUUGGGCACCUUCGGGGCCAUCAGCUGGAACACAGAUCUGGUUGGAACCCCCUCACCGCCUUCGUAUGUGCCCCAUGCACUGCUCAAGUUCUCCGAUCACAUGUCGCUGGUCGAGCGCGUGGCCAAUCUGGCCUUCGUGUCGUACGAGUAUCUUUUCCUGAACUUCUACUACCUGCCGCAUCAGGAAGCCAUCUACAAGAAGCACUUCCCCAACAACAAGCAGGACUUUUACGAGAUGCGAAAGAACACGGCUUUGGUACUCUUGAAUCAGCACGUUUCUCUCAGCUUCCCCCGUCCCUACUCGCCCAACAUGAUCGAGGUGGGAGGCAUGCACAUCAACCGCAAACGCCAGCCCCUGCCCAAGGACAUUGAGGAGUUCAUCGAGGGAGCCAAGCACGGAGUGAUCUACUUCUCGAUGGGCUCCAACCUGAAGAGCAAAGAUCUGCCCCUGGAGAAGCGUCAGGCCCUGUUGGACACCUUUUCCCAACUGAAGCAGCGGGUUCUGUGGAAGUUCGAGGACACGGAGCUUCCCGGCAAGCCCAAGAAUGUCUUCAUCUCGGACUGGUUCCCGCAGGACGACAUUCUGGCCCACGAAAAUGUGAUCGCCUUCAUCACCCACGGUGGCCUGCUGAGCACCACGGAGUCGAUCUACCAUCGCAAGCCCUUCGUCGGCAUCCCCAUCUUCGGGGAUCAGUUCCUCAAUAUGGCCCGAGCCGAGCAGAAUGGCUAUGGUGUCACAGUGAACUAUGAAGAGCUGACAGCUCCCAAGCUGCUGGCAGCCAUUGAGCGGCUCAUCAAGGAUCCAGAGGCCUCCAAGAAGGUGCAGGACAUGUCCGAUCGCUAUCGGGAUCAGCAGCAGACGCCUCUGGAGCGGGCCAUCUUCUGGGUGGAGCACGUGACCCGCCACAAGGGCGCCAAGUACCUGCGGAGUGCCUCCCAGGAUCUGAACUUCAUUCAGUACCACAGUCUGGACGCCAUCGUAAUCCUGUACGGCGGCAUCAUCUUCGUUUUCUACUGUCUGUUUGCGCUGAUUCGUUUCUUGCUGCGCUCCCUGCAGGAGUGCUGUGCCGGAAGGGCAGAAGCCAGGUCAAAGAAGCCAAAGGCCAAACAAAAUUAGAGUGUAGAACUGUCCGUCCCAGUGUAGAUUCCAUUAGAGGCUCAAUUUUUUGUGUAUCACUGCUCUAGAAAUUUUCAUGUUAUUUUAAAUAUUAUUUCGAUUCAAAGAGAACAUUUGUAGGCCGCUUAGAAACGAAUAUUAGACUCAAUAAAGGUGCUAAGAACUUGUGUAUGAA